AUGGAACCUCUUCUACGACGGUGUUCUAAGACUCAGCUGGAGCUGGCCAUUCGGGAUUCAGUAGACAACGACGACAACCUCAUCGUUGCUGGUGACUUCAACUCUCACUCGGCGGAAUGGGGCUCAGCCAGGGACGGCCCCAGGGGCACGAUGCUGUCUGGCCUAGCUGCAUCUCUGGGUCUGCUGCCAUGCAACGUGGGCUCCGUGCCAACCUACAGCCGUGUCAACGCGGAGUCAGUCAUCGACGUGACGUUUGCUCGCUUUCAACCGAAUGCAAGCCCCCCAGUAGCGAAUUGGUCCGUCCUCACGGAGCUCGACUCGGCAAGCGACCACUUCUACGUGGAGUUUACCGUGGCCAACUCAUCCGCGAUUCCAACUUCGGCGCCGGUCGUCCGCACCGCGGCAGCCAAAGCCUGGGCGAUCAAGAAACUCUUCCCUGAAGCCCUCGAGGAACACUGGAGACGAGCCAGGGAGGCCUCACUCCCACUACCACCAUCCACGUCCGCGGAGGAUCACGUGGCACACCUACAACAGUUCCUGGUCGACUCCUGCGACGCCGCGAUGCCACGCAGAACCUCAUUCCAGGGAAAAAGAGCGGUGCACUGGUGA